CGGAGACCGGAAGUGUUAAAGUAGGCCGCCGGAAGAUGAUAUUCACUAACAGCAAAAUGGCGAGCGGGGUUGGAAAGCACAAGAUGCUGGCCCUGGGUCCAACGGAGCCGUGGUCUGUGAGGGAGAAGCUCUGCCUGGCCUCCUCUGUCAUGAGGAGCGGGGACCAGAACUGGGUGUCUGUCAGCAGAGCCAUAAAGCCCUUCUCGGAGCCAGGACGACCACCUGACUGGUUUUCCCAGAAGCACUGUGCCUCCCAAUACUCUGAGCUACUGGAGACGACAGAGGCUCCAAAGCGGAAGCGCGGCGAGAAGGGGGAGGUAGUGGAGACUGUGGAAGAUGUUAUUGUGCGCAGGCUUACUGCAGAGAGGAUCGAGGAACUGAAGAAGCUUCUGAGGGAAACUCAGGAGAGAUACAGGAAGCUGAAGAAGGAAGCAGAGAUGAUUCAAGCUGGGCAGCUGGACAGUAAAUUGGAAGAGCUCUGGGGGGAAAUUGUUCAGAAGAGGAAGCAAGAUGAGGAAGAAGCUGAGCAGAAGAGAAAGGCUACAGAUGCUGCUUAUCAGGCGCGGCAGGCAGCAAAGAACACCCCCAAGAGAGUGCCCAGCGUGACGGUGCGUUCCCCCAUCGGAGUGGGUUCACCUGCCAUUGAGGGUCCAGCCACAGACAGACACCAGACACCUGAGGAUCAGAGCUCCACACCCACAACCCCAGGGACGAUGGUUUUUGCACCAUUGCCAGAAGUGCCGGGUCCUGUAGCUGUGGAGGCCAGCAUGGGGAAUGCUGUGGAGGAUUCACCACAGAAGAAGCUCCUAAAUCAGAAGGGGACGCCACCACCCUCACCCUUGCUCUCCGAGCUGCUGAAGAAGGGCAGCCUAUUGUCUGCCAGCACCCGUUGGGUGGGAGACGGGGAAGCCACCACAGGUCUCACAAAUGGACCGCAGAGGUCAGACUCUCAAUUUGUGGCUGCGGUGGUCCCUCAGUCUUCAGCAUCCAAUGGUGCUCCAAUGCUGUCCCACCUGCUGGAGGCAGGUCCUACUCCCCAGUGCGCUGUCACUCAGGACUCAAUGUCAACCAAUGACCUCUCCAGUGCCCCAUCCUCUGAAGCAGAGCCCGCAGCACCAGAUGACUCCUCCACACUCAACUCAGGUGGAGAUGUGGCUGUGGAGAUGGAGGCUUCAGCCAGUCCCCUGCCAGAGGAGGAGAAGGUGGAGGAGCUGCCAGAGGAGGAGUUGGUGACUGUGUCCUACAUGGAGGAUGAUCUAGACCUAGAGACGGUGGGGGACAUCAUAGCCAUCAUUGAGGAGAAGGUAGAUGACUCAUCGGAGGCCCUAGAUGCUGCAGCGGUGGAGGCAGCCUUGUGCUUGUGUGAGGAGGCCGCCGCUGCCCACGCCCUCGCGGAACCCUGGGAGUCAGAGGCCUUCAAAGCCAUUGAAUCCACCCCCAUUGACCCAGCGGUCUCUGCUGAGCACACAACCCCUGUCUCCACUUCAGUGGGCCCCUCGCCAGCACUCAGGGCCACUGAAGCAGAGACAGAGUUGCCUGAAGACACAAGUGGAGAGCCUGGGCCUGAAGAGGAAGCUGUCCUCUCUACCUCCCUCGAGACUGAUGCUUCUGCCUGUCUUGAAUCUGCGCCGUUGCUGCCCGCAGACCCUGAUGGUGCACAGAGCCAGAACAUGAUCAGCACCCAGAACUUGGGCUUGCAGCCUGACACCCAGGACUGUGUGGUUGUCCAGGAAGGCCAGGAAGAUGGGGGCACCCCCAGCCACACAGUUAAAAUUGAAGUGGAAGAGUGGACGCAGCAGGAGCCUGAUGCCCCCUGUGUAGACUCUGAGGACAGUUCCGUGUCUGGGAAAGACACCAAGAUGCAGGAGGUAAAGGAGGAGGACGGUGGAAGCGAUGGCGAGGAGGGCAGUGUCUCUGAGCUGAAGGAGCCCGGGGAACAGGAUGGUGCUGAUGGCGAGGCAGAAGCUGAGGGGGACGGGGCCUACUUGUCAGAACUGGAACCGGCAGCCAGCGAGAGCGAGGAUGGCUACAGCCUCCACGCUUCCUCCUUGCACCGCUAUACCAGCGCUGACUCGGUCCCCAGCAGCCCAGCCUCGUCACAGUUCUCCAUGUCUAGUGAGGACCAGGAGGCCCUCCAGGCACAAAAGAUCUGGAAGAAAGCCAUCAUGCUUGUGUGGCGAGCAGCAGCCAAUCACAGAUACGCCAGUGUGUUCCUGCAGCCAGUGUCAGAUGAUAUAGCCCCUGGGUAUCACAGUAUUGUACACAGACCCAUGGAUCUGUCGGUCAUCAAGAAGAACAUCGAGUCUGGUGUUAUCCGCACCACGGCAGAAUUCCAGCGCGACAUCAUGCUGAUGUUCCAGAAUGCGGUGAUGUACAACAGUUCGGACCAUGACGUCUACCACAUGGCCCUGGAGAUGCAACGUGAUGUCCUGGAACAGAUCCAGCAAUUCCUCGCUACACAGCUCAUCAUGCAGACGUCUGAGUCUGGAAUCAGCGCCAAGAGCCUUCGAGGCCGAGAGACAGCACGCCGACAGGACUCCUCCGAGAAGGACUGUGUCCCCAUGGGCUCUCCUGCUUUCCUUCUCUCUCUCUUUGAUGGCGGCACUAGGGGGCGCCGCUGUGCCAUUGAAGCUGACCUCAAGAUGAAGAAAUGAAAAAGCAGCAAAUGUGGAAAUAGGGCAAGAGGAGACUAGCUGGUGGAGCACAACUGACUUGCCAAGAUCUUCACAGGAAUGUGAGCAGAGAGAUCCUGGACUGAAACACAAAACAGACUUUCUCUCUGGUAUUUGUAAGCCUCCUUUCUGCUGAAUGUACCAUUGUACUUUCGGAUAAACAAGAACUGUGACGUAAUCUAAAUGAGUCAAAAGGCAUGUUUGUGGAGUCUUUCCACAGGAGGUUAAUAGGCAGCAAAUCUAACAAAAAUGCUUGUGUGAACAUGUGUGUACAGAUCUGUGUACAGAUUGUGCUUUUCUAAAAAAAAAAAUGUAUAGUAUGUUUAAUAAAAAACAACCACAGAUGACUGUCCUUUACUCGAAGCAGAUAAUGGGGAAAUGUCCCCGUGUGCAGG